CCAGCUCCCCAAGCCUCGGGCCCCAAGAAGACUAUGCCGCCGUCGCUGGCGGCCCUGACCGCACUGGAGACGUUGACGGCCGGGGCUUAGUCCGGCGGCCACGUCGGCGGCGACCCCUCACUCCGAUUACGCUCUGCUUUUGGCUAGACGGGGACCGCCGUGGGGAGGGAGACGAGCGGCCCGGACGCCUUGGGAGGGACGGACGGAAGCGGGCGGGAGACACUCGGGCUCGGGGAAGUUCCCGCCCAGGGAACCCGAGCAGCGACUUCGGGAGUGGCUUCAGUUGAUUAUGGAAGAUUCCCACAAAAGUAACAGUUCAGAGACAGCACCACAACCAGGUACAACAGUACAGGGUGCUCAUAUCUCUCACAUUGCUCAACAGAUGUCACUAAGAGGAGCUGCACCAAUGACAGUUGUACAUCUUUCUGGAGAGCAAGUACAGAGUCAGGGGGUCAUCCAAACUGCUCAGUCAUCUUCAGUGAUCCACCCCCCGCAAGUGCAGACCGUGCAGGUGUCAUCCUGGUCAGAUAGUGAAGAGUCUCAGGAUUCUUCUGACAGCAUUGGCUCUUCACAGAAAGCUCGGGGAAUUUUGGCACGGCGCCCAUCUUACAGAAAAAUCUUGAAAGAUCUUUCUUCAGAAGACACCAGAGAUAGGAAGGGAGACGGAGAAAGCCCUGGAGUUUCAACAGUCACAUCUAUGUCUGUCCCAACUCCUAUCUACCAGACUAGCACUGGACAAUAUAUCGCCAUUGCCCCAAAUGGAACAUUACAAUUGGCCAGUCCAAGCACAGAUGGAGUACAGGGGCUGCAGGCAUUAACCAUGACAAAUGCAGGCAAUACUCAACAAGGGACAACGAUUCUUCAGUAUGCACAGACAUCUGAUGGACAACAGAUACUUGUCCCUAGCAACCAAGUGGUUGUACAGACUGCAUCAGGAGAUAUGCAGACUUAUCAGAUUCGCACCACACCAGCAAAUACUAACCUUCCACAGACAGUAGUGAUGACUUCUCCAGUAACCUUAACAUCUCAGACAACCAAAACAGAUGAUCCACAGUUAAAAAGAGAAAUUAGAUUGAUGAAAAAUAGAGAAGCUGCUCGAGAAUGCCGUAGAAAGAAAAAAGAAUACGUUAAGUGUCUGGAAAAUCGAGUUGCAGUUUUGGAAAAUCAAAACAAAACCUUAAUAGAAGAAUUAAAAACAUUAAAAGAUCUCUACUCUCAUAAAAGUGUCUAAAAAGAUAAAUGUUGUGGACUUACCUAAAGAUUAAUGGAUUUUCUUUUUAUAUGGAGUUUUAUAAACUAAAAGGUCAAAAAUGAAACUUUUGAAACUAGGAGUUGCAAGAUAAAGACUCAAGAUUUUAUUUACAAGAUACUGGUGAUAGUACCUAAUGGAAAUAAGUGGACUUCAAGCAAACUCCUGGCACAACUGAAGCCUCUAUUAGAAUUAACAGUAACAAUGGUACCUGAUAAAACAGACCAUGAAUUUUCAACAAUUUGAAUUCCCCAGAUAGUAAUAAUUGUCAACAAAAUUUUCAGCUGAGAUGAUUCAUUAAUGGAAGGUUGAUGGGGUUUUUGUUUUUUAAAUUAACAUUUUAUUGGUACAGAUUUUCAUUACUUACUGGGUUCUGAAAUUUGCCCCUUUUCCAUUGUUUAUGUAAAUAUGUUUGUCUGCCAUUAUUCUGAACUGCACAUUUAAAAGAAAAGCUAAUAUUUUGUAAAGUGUAUAAAAUUAUGUGUACUUUGCUCAAGUCUUUAAAAUUAUCUUUUAAAAAAUGUUUUCUUUGCAAAGAGGUUUAGCAAAAAACCAGGGCAUAAUUGCUUUUUCAGGUUUUGUCCUUCAAGAUGUCCAAGCCAUACAACCUGAAAAUGAAACUUUUAAAGUAUUCCAAUCAUUUUAUAGAAACAUUUUAUUAAGAGUGGAAAGAACAAUAUAAAUAUUUGAAACUUAAAAUAGUAUUGAUUUUGCUUUUGGGGUAUGGUAACUUUCUCUGAAUGGAUCAUAAUAAAUCAUGUCCUGAUUCUAUAUGCAGCUGAUAUGCAUUGCUUUUUCUACUGUGCUUUAAUAGAAAGAAAUGUUUACAAGCCCCUAAAAUUAUUUUAGAGGAUUUUUUAAAAUCAGCUCAAGAUACAUACCAAAGUAUUUUUUCAAGAGGGUUUUUCUAAUCAAAAUCUAAUGUAGGGCAUAUUGAUUUAAAAAAUAAUGCAAUUUAAAAACAAUUAUUCAUGUAGAAAAUAUUUUGUGGGAUGAUGAAUGGUACCUUUGUAAGAAAAAGUGACUAUUUUUAUAUAGUUAAUCUCAAAUUCCAAAGUUGUGUUUUUAUGCUUAUUUUAUCUGUUUAUACAGUUUUUAGUAAAAAAAAAAAAAAGUAGAUAUUUUGCGUCUCAAAUUACCAUUUUUAUAUUUUCAUGGAGGGGAGGGGUAAGAUUUCCUGAACUGCAAGUAUUUGAAUUAUGUGCAUUUCUGUAUAAUUAUCUGAAAUCUGAAUAUGCUGUUAGUACAUCAGUACUUCUGUAAUCAAACUACUCAUUUUCAAGCUUACCUAUAAAAAUAUUGUCAGCUCUUAAUACAAUAUGUAUCAUUUUGUCUUAUUCCUGUAAAAAUUAAAAGGCAUUUGAGAUCA